GUAUUCAUCUCCGAUCGCCACCACCAAGGAUAGCUGCGCACGUAUUAGAGAACGGUGAAAGAGCUUAUUCCCAUUUUUAAUAUUUUUUGAAAACAAUUUUGAACAAAUCAAUCAAUCAAUUAUGUGGUACUACGAGGUACAACUGUUGAUCACCAACCUCAUCAUAAUUGUGGGAGAAAACGAUUUCCCUAAGGACAACGUGUCUCCCAAACAAGCUGAAUUCAACGCCCAAACGGUGUACUUUGUGAAGAAAAGGGGAUCAGCCAUGGACUGGUUAGCUUGCCGCAUUCUUUCAGCAAAACAAGGGCCUGAGAUUGCUUACUUCUCUGCUGAACCAAAUGAGGCCGCUAACAUCAACAACUCUGCUACUCCCAAUGCCAUGAUGGCCCAGUGGUUGGCCCGAGCGCCCAGUGGACCCCAACGCCGUGCCGUCGAUAUUACUGUCGGACGGAAUUUUGAUGAUGAUGAUGAAUACAACUAAUAUAACAAAGAUGAACGUCCACUGGGCUAAUGAUGGAGUCGUGCAUAAAUAAAAUAUUUAUAAAAGAAAUAAAAAACAUAAUUUAAAAUAAAUGUACUUUAAAGAACCAAAAAAAAUAUUUAA